AUGGGAGGAGCUUCUGCAGAUCUUCAUCAUCAUGAAUCGGAUAUAGAACUCACUGGUGCUGCAAGGGUUGCCAUGAACAGCACUAACGCUGGCAGUGAUGUUGGACAUAGUAGUGGCACCAAAUCCCAGAAUGGAGAUGAAGCACACUAUGUUGAGGUCACCAUGGAUGUUCAAGGUGACUCUGUUGCCUUACAUAGCGUUAAAAAUGUUGCAGGUGGUGAUGACAUCGGAGGAGAUGAGAAAUUGAGUUUGAUGGGGAAAAGGCUUGAGAAGAAAACCUCGUUUGGUGCCUCUGUUGUUCAGAAUGCUUCCCUUCGCAUGAAGCAGCUGAAGCGUUUGACAUCAUUUUCAAAACCAUCACCAUCAAAACAAUAUGAUAGGACUAAGUCUGCAGUGUCUCAUGCUCUUACGGGACUCAAGUUUAUCAGCAAAACCGAUGGUGGUGCAGGAUGGGGUGAGGUUGAGAAGCAGUUUGACAAGCUUACUGCUACAACUGAUGGCUAUCUUCCUCGUGCUCUCUUUGCCAAAUGCGUAGGAAUGAACAAGGAGUCUGAGGCGUAUGCAGAGAAGCUGUUUGAUACUCUUGCUCGGCAGAGAGGUAUUCAGGGGGGUUCUAUUAACAAGAUCCAGCUAAGGGACUUCUGGGACCAUAUUUCUGACCAGAGCUUUGAUUCUAGGCUCAAGACAUUCUUUGACAUGGUUGACAAAGACGCAGAUGGCAGAAUCAGUGAGGAAGAAAUUAAAGAGAUUAUAUGCCUAAGCGCCACAGCCAACAAACUGUCAAACAUCCAGAAACAAGCAGAGGAAUAUGCGGCUCUGAUCAUGGAAGAACUAGACCCUGAUGAGGCAGGAUAUAUCAUGAUAGACAACUUGGAGAUGCUUUUAUUACAUGGACCUGAAGAAACUACAAGAGGAGAUAGUAAGUACCUGAGCCAAAUGCUAAGCCAAAAGCUUACGCCUACAUUUGUGGAAAAUCCUAUUAGUAGGUGGUAUACAGAUACCAAGUACUUCUUGCAGGACAAUUGGCAAAGAGUUUGGGUACUUGCACUGUGGAUUUGUGUGAUGUUAGGUUUAUUUGCCUACAAAUUCGUGCAAUAUCGGAGAAGAGCUGCCUAUGAGGUGAUGGGCCAUUGUGUAUGCAUGGCAAAAGGUGCAGCUGAGACACUUAAAUUGAACAUGGCUCUUAUCUUGUUACCUGUUUGCCGAAACACCAUCACCUGGCUCAGGAAUAGGACCAAGCUAGGCGGAGUAGUUCCUUUUGAUGACAACCUCAACUUUCACAAGGUGAUAGCUGUGGCAAUAGCAAUUGGUGUUGGUAUACAUGCUAUUUAUCAUCUUACUUGUGAUUUUCCUCGCCUUCUUCAUGCAAGCAAUGAAAAGUACAAGCUCAUGAAACCUUUUUUCGGAGAUAAACCAUCAAAUUAUUGGCAUUUUGUCAAAUCAUGGGAAGGAGUAACUGGGAUUAUAAUGGUUGUGCUAAUGGCAAUAGCCUUUACUCUGGCCAAUCCUAGAUUCAGGAGAGGCCGGGCCAAACUACCUAAACCCUUCGACAAACUCACAGGUUUCAAUGCCUUUUGGUAUUCCCAUCACCUCUUCAUCUUUGUCUAUGCCCUGCUGGUUGUGCAUGGAAUCAAACUUUACUUGACUAGGGAUUGGUACAAGAAAACGACCUGGAUGUAUCUGGCUAUUCCCAUCACCCUUUAUGUGUUGGAAAGACUGAAUAGAGCAUUCAGAUCGAGCAAGAGUACUGUGAGAAUAUUAAAGGUGGCUGUUUAUCCUGGAAAUGUGUUAGCACUUAAUAUGUCAAAGCCUCAGGGGUUUAGCUACAAGAGUGGACAAUACAUGUUUGUCAAAUGUUCUGCCGUGUCUCCAUUUGAAUGGCAUCCAUUUUCCAUAACUUCCGCUCCUGAUGAUGAUUACCUUAGCGUUCACAUUAAAAUACUUGGAGAUUGGACUCGAAGUCUGAAAGCCACAUUCUCAAAGGCAUGUCAGCCACCCCUCAAUGGGCAGAGUGGACUUCUAAGAGCUGAAUGCUUGAACGGAAAUAACAGCCCAAGUACAUUUCCUAAAGUUCUGGUUGAUGGUCCGUAUGGAGCGCCAGCACAAGAUUACAAGCAGUAUGAGGUGGUUUUGCUAGUGGGGCUGGGGAUUGGGGCUACCCCUAUGAUUAGUAUACUAAAGGACGUGGUGAAUAAUCUUAAGGCCAUGGAAGAGGAGGAGGGGGCUGCAAUAGAGGACGGGUUAAGUGUUGCUAAAUCACUAACGACAACCCAUCAAAAAAGCGCCAAGUUCAGCGACUUCAAGACAAGGAGGGCAUACUUCUACUGGGUGACUAGAGAGCAGAAUUCCUUUGAUUGGUUUAAAGGGGUGAUGAACGAGGUAGCCGAAGAGGACCGCAAGGGAGUCAUUGAGCUACAUAGCUACUGCACCAGCGUCUACGAAGAGGGUGACGCUCGCUCUGCCCUUAUUGCUAUGUUACAGUCUAUAAACCAUGCAAAGAAUGGCGUCGACAUCGUCUCUGGCACACGCGUCAUGUCUCACUUUGCCAAACCCAAUUGGCGCAGUGUCUACAAGCGCAUUGCGCUUAAUCAUCCACAAGGCCGAGUUGGGGUAUUUUACUGUGGGCCACCCACCCUCACCAAAGAGCUUCGUCAGCUGGCAUUGGAUUUCUCGCACAACACAUCCACCAAGUACGACUUUCAUAAAGAAAAUUUCUGAUAACAUGGAAAUUAUUGAGGAGAAAAGGAGAAGCCGUCAUACGAGCUAGUCCUCCACCUUUAUCAACCCCAAGAUGAUUCCAGCUUAUACAUACACUGUCUUGUUGAUAACCUAUAUAAUAUGUUUCAAUCUAUGGUUGUAAUGGCUUUGUCGAAGUUAGACUCGGGACAAAAGGUUAAGUUGCAAGUUGGCCACCACUUACAAAAGCUGUGGUUGGGUGGCUCGGUCAAUGUGUCAGCGUGUCAUCAUAUCUAUGUAAAUUUAAGAAGA